AUGUAUAACAAAAAAGUUGGUUUUUUCGACCUUUUGUGGCUCUUGGGUUCUCCUUUGGCGCCAUCGCACUCUCCUGGGUCAACUUCUGCGCGCCAAACCUUCUACGGACUAUCAUCCAAAUAUCGCUCGAUACACACACCCCCAGCAUCGAAUAUCUGUUCUUCGUCGCCAGUUCAACGCUUUCCAGAUUUCUUUUCCAAAGCCGAAGUAGAUUUUUCAAAUGAAAUCUUCUCUACCGACUUCCUUUCUUUUUGGUGACUUUCGAUUUAUUGAAACUUUCAGAUGAAUUACAACUACGUCAAUCUCUUCAUGAACAGACAGAAUCUUGAUGAAUGUGAGUUUUCCAACUUUUCAAAAUAAAAAUUAUAUAAUUACAGUGCUCGAAGAAGAAUUUCUCUUUCUGUUUUUGAAAGAGAAAGAGGUCGUUGAGUGUCAGUUCUUUCCAGCUGGGACCGAUACUAUUGGUCUUUGGAGAGUGGAUAUAAAAACUCGAGAACAUGUAAGAUUUUUAUGCAUUCAAACUGCGCCAUCCCAAACAGUUUUUCGAUACAACUGGGAAAUUAUAUGAGCCAUUUAAAAUCCAUUGUUUUUUUUUCUGAUUUUAUGUAUUGUUCUUCCAAAGAUAAAAAAUUUACAGAAGAACUUCCAAUUGUUCAAAUUGGACAAGGAGACGAUAUUCGAAAAACUAAGGAAAAUAAACUCGAUCGGCACAGUUCUGAACACCGACGAACAAGUGAGUAAUCUUUCAAAAAAACUAUGAAAACACAUUUUUUUUCCUAAAAAGAAGUAAUCAAAAACCUAUGAAAUAUAAGUAAAUUAGAAAAAAUCUUCCUAUAACUACUUACUACGAAAAAAAUAGGAAAAGUUUAAAUUACAGAAUCUUCUAACAACAACAAGAGUGCGGACCUUUCCGAGUGAAUCCUUCUCAACUUCUUUGACUCAGGCUAUGGUCACAAAGCGUAUGUUUCUGAAUUAUUUUUUUUUUCAAAAAAGAAAAUCUUCCAGUUGUGUCAAGAGAAGGCUUCGCCAUUCAGAAUAUGGAGAUCAACACAAAGGCAAGGGCCAUAUUCACAUUUGAGCCAAGAGCUCAAAAAUGGUCAAUCGAAUUGUUAGGGUCACAGGUUUAGUGUUUUAUUUUAAUUUUUGAGAAUCGACAAAAUCUAUUAAAACUUUCCCACAUCGUUGCUUUUUUGGCAAAAAGAUAUUGUUACAGGACGCUGUCGCCGACGCUCGCAAAGAAUUGGAAAGACUCCUCAACGCGAAAGUAGAGCAGCAAAUGACCGCCCAAGAGAAAAGAGAAGCUGAUCGCGUGGCCAUGUAAGGAAUUAUUUGCGUCCUAAUUUUGAUACUAACCCAUAUUCUGUACAAUCACGAUGGCCAACAAGAAUCUGUUGCAAAAAUUGAUUCUGAGCCUUCAAGAUUCACCAAUUAAAAAAUUUGCAAAACGAGUGUUAUAGGUUUUUGAAAAAAAGGGUAUUGUGACUGUAACUUCGAAAUGAAUCGUAGUCUCAGCUUCUCCUUUUCCGUUCUAAAUAGAUUCAUUUGAAUCGUGCUGAUUAGGCUUUUUUUUCAAGAAAGUCCCUUUUAUUUUAUUUUUUUGCUCUUAUUAUUGGUUUCCAAGCGUGAAAAAAGCAGUUGCGCUCCACCGAACUUCGUCUUUAAUCAGCAGAGGUUUCGGUCGACAUUGCUCGGCGCACGAGGGUCACGAAAAAUCAAUAAUGUUGUGAUAUGCUGACAGUGUUCGCUGGAGCGCAUUUGUAGUCCGGCUAAGGCGAAAAUGAUUUGGAAACACUUAUUAGGGUGCUCAACUUCUCAAAAAUCGGACCAAAAACAAUUUGAUUUAAUUAUAAAAAUCAAAAAGUAAUGAAAUUGCUUGCUUCAUUGUCUCAUAGAUUCCAGAAGCCUUUCUAUUUUUAAACACUCAAGAAAUACAAACUUCUUAGAGAUUUAGGAAGCUUUCCCCAUUCAUUUAUAAUUUGAAUUUAAAAACUAGCAGUGAUAUAUAAGCUUGUUAAUCCGAAAUUACUCACUACAUCAGUCCAAUUUUAAAAAACUUGCUUUUUUUUUUCUCGACGAGUUUCUUAUUGUCGGUUAGAGUUAGGGAUUCAUCACAGUAAAAAAACUUUGUUCAGAAAUGUUGUUUACUUUCGCAAAAUGAAAAAAAUUGAACUUUUCAGGGAGAGAGAAGCUAAACUUGAAGCCGAGCGUCAGUACGAGUUGAGACUUGCGAGACAAGAAGCAGAAAUUCAAGAGACCAUGAGGCGCUGGGCAGCCGAGAUUUGGGGUCGGAAUGUCGGACCCCGUGAGCCUCACCAGCCUGGUCUCUGA